AUGUCUGAUGAACCAAAGGUAAAACAGGAUGAGAGUGAAUUGACAUUUGACGAGGAGUUUAGGAGAGCCGAUGAGAAUGUUAAAAAUUCACAAAAGAGGCCAAGAGAAGAAGAAGAAGAAGAUGAUGAGCAGGAGGAAGAGAAAGGGGACGGGGAUUUAGAGAAUCGCAGCAAUGAGGAGGGCGAUGUCGACGGCGACGAAGAGGAGGAAGACGAUGACGAAGAAGCUAGUGUAUCAAAUAGAAGGAGAAAGAAAAAGAGAGGUGCAAACCAGUUUUUCGAUAUCGAGGCCGAGGUUGAUGAAGAGGAAGAAGACGAGGCGGAUGAGGACGACGAGGAAGCAGAAAUGUUGAGACAAGAAUUCAUCACAGAUGACCAUGCAGGCGAUGAUCGAGAUGAAGCUCACACGGAUGACAGACUGCACAGACAAUUUGAUCGUCGUCGUCAAGAAGCAGAAGACCAAGAUGCCGAGCAGUUAGCCGAAACGUUGAAGCAAAGAUAUAGAAAGUCACAUGUUGCCUACAGAGGAGACACUGCAGCAGGAGGAACUGUAUCACAGAAGUUGUUGAUGCCUUCUAUUAAUGACCCAUCGAUUUAUGCAAUUAGAUGUACUCCCGGAAGGGAGAAAGAGUUGGUUAGAAAGCUCUAUGAUAAAAAGAGAACGUUGGAGAGACGCAAAAUGCCAUUGGACAUUUUGACAGUUUUUCAAAGAGACUCUUUUAGGGGAUACAUAUAUAUUGAAGCCAAACGAUCAGACGCGGUAGACAGGGCAUUGCAAGGUAUGGUGAAUGUUUUUGUCAGGGACAAACUUUUGGUUUCGGUGAAGGAGUAUCCUGAUUUGUUAAAGCAAGUCAAGUCAUCAGAUGUUGAAAUUGUUCCUGGUAUCUAUGUGAGAAUAUCACGAGGCAAGUACAAGGGUGACCUUGCUAUUGUCGAGAACUUGUCAGAAAACGGUUUAGAUGUUUUGUGUAAGGUCGUACCAAGACUUGAUUACGGCAAAAACGACGAGUUUACUGAAGACGGCAGAAGGAUAAAACUGACAAUUAGACCACCACCAAGACUAUUUAACGCGCAAGAUGCAAAAAUGUAUGAUACGGCGAGCUUUCAACAGAGAGGCCCAAAGAGGUAUGCUUAUAAAGGAGAUGACUACGAAGAUGGCUUCUUAUACAAGGAUUUCAAGUUGCAAUACAUUCAAACCAAAGAUGUCCACCCCACACUUGCAGAGCUCGAUAUGUUCCAAACGGGAAAAGAUAGUGACGGUUUGGAUCUUGCCAAGAUAGCCGCAUCCUUAAAGAACAAAAAGCUAAACGAUGGUAAACAAUCCACUGCAUUUCAACCCGGGGACAAAGUGGAGGUUCGUCGUGGCGAGCAAGCAAAGACCGUGGGUCUUGUUGUUGAAACUUCUUUGAAUGAAAUUAAAAUAACUGUAACCGAUAGCGGUGAUCCAAAGUUUGUUAACCAGAAGUUGACGGUGCCGGCAAAUGAUUUGAGAAAAAUUUUCAAUGAGGGUGAUCACGUUAGGAUUGUCGAGGGUAAGCAUUUUGAUGAAACGGGAUUGGUUAUCAAGAUUGAUGGUGAUUCGGUCAUAUUGGUCAGUGACCAAACAAAGGAAGAUGUUCGGGUUUUUGCAAAUUUCUUGGUCAAGGCAACCGAUGCAUCGUCUAACGUUGAUAAUAAGAACUUCAAAUAUGAUAUCAAGGACUUGGUUGAAUUGAGUGCUUUCACUGUAGGAGUCAUUGUUAAAGCCGAAAAGAACAUUUUUGAAAUUCUAACAACUGAUGGAAGACUUGUAAAUGUCAAGCCCACGGCAAUUGCUUCGAAAGUUACUCAAACUCGCCGAGAGCAAAUUGCCACUGAUAAGAAUGGUUUCACAAUUAGGAUAGGAGAUACGGUGAAGGAAUCAGCCGGUGACAAGGGUAGGGAAGGUGCUAUAUUGCACAUUUACAAGAAUGCAUUAUUCAUAAAGUCCAACGAAAUCAUUGAAAAUUUAGGUAUAUUUGUUACAAAUCGAAUGAAUGUCAGCACUGUUGCCACAAAAGAUUCGAUGGUGUCAAAGAGCUUUGGCCCAGACUUAACCAGCAUGAACCCGAACUUGAAACUUCCCGACCAGUCUGUAUUACAGGGUUUGAAAACGCGAGUUCAAGGAAGAGACAAAUUAUUGUAUAAAGAUGUCGCCAUUACUAAUGGAAGUUACAAAGGAUUGAAAGGGAAAGUAGUUGAGGCAGAUGACAUAUACGCCCGGGUUGAGUUGCACACAAAGAGUAAAAAGGUUAAAGUGCUUAAAAAGAGUUUAAAUGUUUUGACAAAGGGAGAGGCAGUUCCUUAUUUGCGGUUUAUUGGUGCAGCUCCAGAGGAUGUUGCCUCAUACUCGCAACCCAUGGCCAACCCUGCUUUCAGCAGUGGGGGAGAUAAAUCAGUUUGGAAUGGUGGUGCUACUCCUGCCGUUGGCGCUGCAGGUGGUGCUUCUACAUGGGCUAGAAGUGGUGGUGGAGGUGCCUCUGUUUGGAAUAGUGCUGGAAAGACAGGCAGUGCGUCGUCAUGGGGUGGUGGUGGUGCAUCUGCCUGGAACGGUGGUAGUGGUGGUGGCGCAUCUGCUUGGGGUGGUGCAAGAGGAGGAGGGUCCACAUGGGGUGGUGCUGGAAGUAAAGGAGGCAGUUCAACCUGGGGAGGCUCUAAGAAUAAUGGAUCUAAUGGUUCAGGAUCUACGUGGGGUGGUGGGUCUGCUUGGGGAAAGAAAGGCAACGGUGGCGGCAGCAGCAGCUGGGGAAGUCGUUAG